AUGGCGGCCCCCAGGAGCUGUGUUCUAUGGCGCUUUUGCAGCCGCGGGUGGUCGCUGGCAUCGGGAGACUGCAGACUCCCCGGGUUUCGUAGAUCCUGGCCCGGGGCCACGCCGAGUGCACGGUCCUUGUCCCAAGAGAAGCGAGCCGCGGACACGCACUUCGGGUUUGAGACUGUGUCUGAGGAGGAGAAAGGCGGCAAAGUCUAUCAGGUGUUUGAGAGUGUUGCCAAGAAGUAUGACAUCAUGAAUGAUAUGAUGAGUUUCGGCAUCCAUCGCGCUUGGAAGGAUUUGCUGAUCAGGAAAAUGCACCCGUUGCCAGGGACCCAGCUGCUGGAUGUGGCAGGAGGCACAGGUGACAUUGCAUUCCGGUUCCUUAGUUAUGUUCAGGCAGAGCAUCAGAGGAAACAGAGGAGACAGUUAAAGGCUCAGCAAAAUUUAUCCUGGGAAGAAAUUGCCAAGAAGUACCAGAAUGAAGAGGAUCCCUUGGGUGGUUCACUUGUUGUGGUCUGUGACAUCAACAGAGAGAUGCUCAAGGUUGGAAAGCAGAAAGCCUUGGACCAAGGCUACACAGCUGGACUCGAGUGGGUACUGGGAGACGCUGAAGAACUGCCCUUUGAUGAUGACAAAUUUGAUGUUUACACCAUUGCGUUUGGGAUCCGGAAUGUCACACACAUUGACCAGGCUCUCCAGGAAGCCCAUCGGGUCCUAAAGCCAGGAGGACGAUUCCUCUGUCUGGAGUUUAGCCAAGUGAAUGAUCCCUUCAUAUCCAGACUCUAUGAUCUGUACAGCUUUCAGAUCAUCCCUGUCAUUGGUGAGGUUAUUGCAGGAGACUGGAAGUCCUACCAAUACCUUGUGGAAAGUAUUCGGAAGUUCCCAAAUCAGGAAGAAUUCAAAGAGAUGAUUGAAGAUGCAGGCUUUCAGAAGGUGACUUAUGAGAACCUCACUACAGGGAUUGUGGCCAUUCAUUCAGGCUUCAAACUUUAGCUCCUUUUCUACUGCGGAGCAUGAGGCAGUCAUUUCUGCUGAAGCCUAGAACUGGAAGAUAAUCUCUCUGAUGAGACAGUAGCUGAGCAUCCAUCUCCUAAGGGUAUAAAACCUUGGAUUCAUGUUCUGCACUAACCAGCCUCAAAAAGGAAGAAACAAAUGCUUUCAUUUUUUUGUAGCUCUCAUUAGCAGCUACCCAGGCUGCUCUGGCCUCCAGAAGUAUCUGGCCUGGUUUUUGCUAAACUCCUGCUAGCACUUAUCUGUGCCAUGUGGGAGUCAGGUGAGAGCAGCUCCAAUGAAGUUUUGAAGCUUAUCUGUAGCUUCUCCAUCACAGACGUUUUCCAGAGCGAUAAUGGAUCAUUGGAACCCAAGGCUGAUUUGAACCAGCCCUGCAGACCACAGCUGAAUGAAUGAAUCUAGGGCCAAAAGCCAAGGUCCAAGUCAGAACGCGGUGAGGUGCUCAGGGGUGAGCACGUGCUAGAGCUGGGGCCGAGGACGAAGCUCAGUGGGAGAGCACACGCGCUUAGCCUAUUGAGGCCCUGGGUUUAGUGUUCAUCACCAGAAAAAAAAAAAAGUAGGGUUUUGUGAAGCAGUAAAGUUUACAGUUUGGGUGGUG